AUGAAGCCGAUGAUCUCUGGCUUACUUAUCGUCAUCGCAUUCAGAAGCAGCGCGAGCACACAUGGAGAGGACUGUCAAGAUGCAGAGAGCUGUUCACAGCUCCUGUUGCAAACCCACCUGUUUACCCGAGACCGUGCAGAAGAGUAUCACUGGGCCUCCGGUCGUGGAAAUUUUCCAAAAUACGCAGUGUCAGCACACCCCGCUCCGUUCAACCUCCCUGCCGCUUUCACAUGGCAGUGGCACCAUCCGCUGGGAAGAUUCGCAACACUGACUUAUGGCACAGUUAUAGAUGGGGAAAGCAACAUCUAUCUAUCAGCGGCAGAUGGUGUCAGAAAGUUUGACCAGCACGGCACCAUUCUUUGGGAGUACCUCUCGCUUCCCGCAGAGGUGAUGAAUGCUCCAGCUUUGUACAGUGGAAUGGUGCAUGCCAGCGACACUCAUGGUCACAUCUUCGCACUGGACAUGCGGACAGGCAAGCAAGUGUGGAGAACCCGCGUGGCCGAGAAAAUUGGCCAGGACAAUGGCUUCAACAUGGUCCAUGAGGGGAUUGCACUCGCAGCUUGUGACCAUCGAAAGCCAUCGAAUUACGACGAGGCCAACCAGAAGGUCAAGGCUCUGAACGCCAGCACGGGCGAUGAGCUGUGGACGUUCCAUCCGGACACGCCUGUUUGGAAUUUCUUACCCCUCUUCGUGGAUGACAGCUCCGUUGUUUUCCAGGACAUGACUGGCAAGGUCUACCGCCUGAAUUUGAGCACGGGGCUUCUGCUGUGGAAGGCCGGAGGACUGAACGGAACCUGGACAGAUGGUGGUGUGGCAGUGGGCCCGAAUGGUUUGGUCUACGCGGUGAAUCUGAACCUGACCACGCCACGGCCUCCCAACAAUGCUCCCGCUGUGGGGAUCGUCAAGAACCUCAAGGGCUUCUCGGUGGUCAUGCCCUUAUGCCAGCAACAGACUCGGGGAGCAACUUGCGACGUGCACGUCUACGACGCAGAAACGGGCGGCCUGAGGUGGAUCUUCCAUGGGCCAGCCCAGACAGGCGUCCUCCAGGCUGGUGAUGCCGAGGGAAUCUCGCGCCGAAUCCAGCAUGGGGUCCGCGCGGCGUGUCUGCCAAAUGGAUGGAGUGCUCCAACGAUUGACUCGGAUGGUACGGUGUUUGUGGGCAAUGAGGAAGGCAACUUUUAUGCCUUGAGGGAUAUGGAUGGCGAUGGUGUGAUCUUCGGAGAAGAUGAGGUGGCUCUCUAUGACACGAAGGCAUCCUUCGCUGGCUCGUCUAGCCCAGCUGUUGCCCCGGGGUUGCUGGCAGUAGCCUCUUGCGACUCCUUGUUCGUAUUCAAGUCGAGCACCAUCCAUCCCACAGGUUUUUGA